AAAUACCUUUUUUUUUCCUCUGUGUGCAGUCAUUCGAUCGCGUCUACAGAAACUUUUGACACAAAGCCAUAGCUUGUUGCUUGCUACAUGAGACAAAGUCCGAUGGAGGUUGACCCGGCAGAGUCACUCAAAGAAGCUGGUGAAGAACAGAUCCCUGAAGCUUUACCUCUAAUGGCGUCAUCUCAAGUUCAGAUUCAAAACAUCCAGGAAAGUACAAAUAUUUGGCCGCGGAAGGAUACUUGGGUUAAUCGAAUCUGCUAUGAAACCAAAGUGUCUCGGGAAGAAGCACUCUUUUACCUUGAGGGGUUCAAGUGGAAUUUGGAUGCUGCUAUGGAGGCUUGCCACAGCAAAACCUUGCCAGAGCAACCGUCUCAACUGAAUAAUAAACUCAUCUCUUCAUUAUGCAAUGCGGCUGGUGGAGAGACCAGAGAAAAAGCAAUUGCUUGCCUUAAACUCUUCAAUUCGGAUAGUCUAAGAAAUCAGCAAAUGGGCGAUGAACAGAUGGAUAAUAUUGUUGACAAAACACGUGCAGCAAACAGAGACAAGAGCUUACCAAAACUUGCAGCCAAUCUACCAUAUGAUCUGGUUGAGGAAAUUCUCCUCAAGCUUCCAGUCAAAUCUCUUGCGCGCUUCAACUUAACCUGCAAAGAAUGGGGCUCUCUUUUCAGUGGACAUAGAUUUAUCUACAAACAAUUGGUAAACAGUCAAUAUCAGUUUCUUCAUUCAAGGAAGUCUGAGAUAUGGGUGGUGAAGUCUGGAGCUUUCCAAAUCCGUGAUUUUGGUAGUGAUGAGGUGAUUAAAAGUAUGGUGCAGUGCGAGGGAUUGAUUCUCUGCAGCACCAUAUCACCACGUAGAAUAGUGGUUCUGAACGGUAGUCAAACCCGAUGGAUUGAUAAGGAGAAUCUGUCCGUGUACGAUUUUUUUUGUCUUGGACAUGACAGUAAGAACGAAUACAAAGUUCUGAGAUUUAAUUUUGGGGCUUAUGACUGUGACUGUGAGUCUUAUGCGGCAGUGGCUGAGAUCUUCCAUAUGACAACAAACAGUUGGAGACUUUCAGAUAUUCAAGACAAUUGGGAGUUCACUAGACAACCACCAAUGAUAGUCUCGGUUGGUGGAAAUUCAUACUGGAUUGCUUCUUCGGAUGGAAAACUCUUUGUCCAAAGUUACAACUUUUCAACCGAAGAGUUCAAGCCACUUAAACUUCCAUUACAACAAGUCAAAGGCACAAAGACAUUGGUUUUAUCUUCCUUUAGAAGAGAAGGUCUUUCGCUGCUAUGCCAACGACAUCAAGAUCUCAGUAUUGAUGUUUGGAAUGGGAUUAUUGUUCAGGAUCGAUCGAUAGUUUGGGGAAAACAAUUUGUGGUGACAGGACAUAAUCAGCAGAUCUUAUAUCCUGUUCCAAGUUUCUUUAUAACCGAGAAGAAGAUAGUCAUGUUCUGUGAAGAAUUAGUUGAAGAAGGAACUGCUCAUAUCAAGGUUAUCAACAGAAAGGAGGUUCUGUCGGGAAGGAAGAGAGGUAUUAUUGCUUGGCAAGUCAAAGUUUCAGUGGGCUAAUAAGGUAAUAUCUUCUUCUCUGUGUUUCUGUUCAGACCUAUAUUAGAAAGAUUGUUUAUGAUCAUAUUGAAAGUUGCAAUAAACUUUCAACAUUGGUGUAUUUUUCCUUACUUUGUUUACUGGUUAAUUUUCCUUUGCUCUUGUGAUUCAUUGCUACAACAUACUUACUUUCUUGUGAUCUUUGUGGACAUUCGUUUUUGUUCACCUACCUACAGAAUCGUUUUAGAAUGAUCUGCUUUGUGAAUCAUUGUUGGCUAGUUGAUUCAUAGGUUUAAAGUGCUGAACAUGUCUUUUUUAGCAGCUUGAUUUAUCUUUUUGAAUCAGACUUGGGAAGCCUUAUUGUCUAUUGAUGUCACACAUGAUAAAAGUUUCUUGAAGAGUGUGUUUCUUGUUAUCUGAUGUUGCCAUUGUUUGAUACAGUACUUGAUUCUUUGUGGUAUAUAUACCAAGUGAGAAGAGUUACUUUCAGGUUCCUUUUGAGUCUGUCAGAGAGUUUAGACUUUUUCUAAAAUGGCUUUGUUAUAUUUGACGGUUCUUGCUUUGUUGGCCACAGUUUAUAUGAAUCUCUUUCAAUCUUUCCUUCGGAGUCAUGAUUCUUUGCAGUCAAAUGAGAUAAAAUGACAUAUUCAAU